UCGAACUUCAAAUUUCGAUAUUGAGGUUAGUUUUUCGUGAUCAUUUAAAAAUAAACAAUUUCGAAAAAAAAAUUGUGAAGUACCGUAAGUUUGAAUUUGCCCCACUUUACCUGUCGAAUAUAGUAUUUAUCAAUAUGGCAGGUAAUCUAUUAAAAGGGUUUGUUAGGACACAAAACUUUAAAUGUAUGGUUAAAAUUAGAUUAUACUCAUCGGGAACUUCAACUAUCGAUGAUAAAGAAGUAGUACAUUUUAAAAAGUUUGUUUCCUACUGGUGGGACGAGUUCGGGGAAUUUAAACCUCUCCACUCGAUGAAUAAAAUCCGCAUCCCUUGGAUAAGAGAUUGUAUCCUUGCGAAUAAUGAAAUGAAAGAUGCCUCUUUGCCCCUGAAAGGAUAUUCAGUAUUAGAUGUCGGUUGUGGAGGGGGAAUUUUAAGCGAACCAUUGUCGAGAAUAGGAGCCGAUGUAACCGGACUCGAUGCCAAUGAAGACCUCAUAAAAGCGGCUAAAGCGCACGCUGAGCUAACUAAAGCGAACGUUAAUUACGUGGCCUCGUCUGUAGAGGACCACGCUAGAGAAAACUUCGAAAAAUACGACGCGGUCGUCAGUUCGGAAGUGAUAGAACACGUUACCCAGAAAGAAGAAUUCGUUAAAGCUUGCGUUGAAUGCCUGAAGCCAAAUGGCUCUAUAUUUUUCACGACCAUAAGCAAGACAAAAUACGCUAGUUUUUUAGCGAUAUAUCUAGGCGAAAACGUAAUAAAAGGAAUACCUAAAGGGACGCAUCAUUACGAAAAGUUCAUUACCCCUCACGAAUUGCAGCGCAUUUUGGAAAAAAAUAAUUGCCGGACAGACGUUGUUCACGGAACUAUUUACAAUUUCCUUACGAAUACAUGGAGCUGGUGGUUCAAUUCCGAUUUCACUUACGUAUUAAAAGCUACUAAAUUAGACAAACAAAAUUGCUAGACAGUUUUUAAAAAUUUGUUACCUAUAUUUUAGUUUGUUUUGAAAACAAUAAAUCAUUAUUCUCAAUGCAUUCUAAUAUAAAUCAUAAUAAUAUAAGCUAAUUAUAAAUAAGUAUCUAGUUUAUUCAAAUUUUAAAUGAAAUAAUUAAAUUGUUCUCUUAAUUAAGUAUCCCCACGGAAGAACUAUGAAUAAAAAAUAAGAAUCUAUGCACAUAAACAUUAAAAAAAAUGUAAGUGCUAAGAGCGUUUUCAUACAGUGCAAUAUAUUGCGUUGCAGUUAAAAUACAAGCGUUAAAAUGUGUAUUUUUCACAUUUGAUAAUUU